GAUCUACCGGAAGAAUCUGAAUCUUGUUUUGAACGGGAUGUUCCGCAAAUACCGAGAUAGUGGAACGGGCUAGAAAGAAAGAGUAACCAAAAUCUGGGAGAGGAGGUUUUUUGCUCUAGUCCAAAUUUGAACACUGCAUGGACCCUUCUUCUUAUAAUUUACCCGCACACUCUCCUUGACCGAUUCUUGUCUUCAACAUUUCUAAACUUUUUUUUCUUCUGUCAAUCCUCUGUCAUGGAUUUUGCAACCUACGCAUCUCCAUAUUCCGACUCAUCACCCCCUUACUCCGAGUCAUCGUCAACUCCUCGCACUCCAUCUCCUCAAUCCGUUGACCUCAUCCCCACUCAUAACUUUAAACACUCGAUCCCAACAGCUCCAACAAUCUUCCAGGAAGAGCCAUAUCUUCUAUCCGACGUAGGAUCAAUGAUCCAAAACGAUUCUUGGGUUUCUCCGGCCACCUACAACAAUUAUCCACCGCCACAGGGUUCACUCCUUCGCGAGUUGUACGAGCCAGAAUCAUACCAAAGUGAUGCGUACAUUGAUGAUCACGCGCACUACAAUGAUUGGCAGCAGCACCAGCAGCAGCAACAACAACAGCAGCAACAACAGCACCAGCACCAGCAGCACCAACAAAUGCACCUGCGCCAGUCCGAUCAUCAUACAUUUCGUCGCGCCACUUUCCCUUACGUCAGACAUGACCUUCCCCAGCACCAUAUAUCUCAACACUCCCAAUUUUAUGACCAAUACCCGUCCAUGUACAAUGACCCACUUCCACUAUCCCCCGAUCCAUCUGAAUCACGUCACCCGCACGAUCCUCAGUCAAUUAAGCUAGAGGAUACACCCCUCAUUGUCCCUUCCCAAUUGGGCUUCGCAGCUCAUGCUCUUCAUGGUCAUCACCAUCCUGGUUUCCUCCCCCCCGGAGCUGGUGCUUCAGUUCCAAUUCAACACACAGAUGAUGCUGCUAGCAAAGAGACCCAGUACCUCAGGAGACGUUGUUUUAAUUGUCAUACCACAGAGCCGCCUUCAUGGCGCCGCUCCACUCUCAAUCCUGGAAAGAUUGUUUGCAAUAAAUGUGGUCUUUACGAGCGCACCCACUUGCGUCCACGUCCCCUCCGCUUUGACGAGCUGAGGGCAGGUGGAAAGACGCGUAAACCUGGCGAGAAAAAGGUCCAAAAACCUGCUCCUAUGGCUGGUUCACCCCAGAUCAAGAAGGAGCCGCGAGAGUUCGGUAUGGCAAGGCGUAGCUCCGUUUCGAGCACCGCAUCGAGUGGUGGCGCAGUCAGCGACUGGGACGAUAGUGUGUCGGUGUAUUCGUCACAGCCUCCUACCCCUGGUUCUAUUUCCGGCCCCCCUUCUAGCUAUUCAUCGCCUUCAAUCGCAACGUUCCCCAUUCCUCGCAGUUCGCAGAGCCCGCCUAUCGAUGCCGGCCUGCAGGGUCCAAUUCGUCUCCCUAACGCCCCGUUGACAGACAUUGCGUCUCUUCAACAACAAGCGCCUAGGAAGUCGGCAACUGCCCCGGGUUACUUCUCACAACCUCCGGUCUCGUACCAGGGACAGGAGAUGUUGCGUCGGGGCUCAAUGCCGAGGCUCUGUGAGCAGCCACGCCAACUGCAGUUCGCUUCGCCACCGCAAUCAUUAGCUCCCCUGCAGGGUCCUACAUCUGAAGCGCCCGCUGAAAAGUCGCCGGAGAUCUCGCACAUGCAGGUUUCGUCACCUCAAAUGAUCACCUCAUCGCCUGUACCCACAACAGGGGAGUCACCGUCAUCCUGAGGGAGACGGCACGAGACACGUGUAUUCAUGCCUUACCUGAUUAUCACGCUCGUUUGGAUCUUGGUAUUUAUUCCGUUUGACAACUCAAUCCGCACAUCGUCAUCUUGAGCUCGAUUUCGCGGCUUAUUUAAUUAUUCACCCCGUCGCAAAACGGCGACCGACAAAGACGCGGGCAAAACGGUAUCUAUAUCCCGACAUAUAUCCUGUAUCCUACAUUUUCCGCCUCGCAUUCAACCCUGUCGACUAUGUCUAUAUUGCGCAUAUACAUAUCGCCUCAUAAACCAUACCCUGCCAGCCAUACCGCGUUUUGUAUGUCGUCUCGAUGAUAGAUACCCGUCUCACCAAUACGAAUGACUGCCGAAUGUGCGUGGAAGAAGAAAGGGAAUGUAACUGUAUAACUUAGUAUACCUACUUAGAAGCUUUUUUCGAAUUUGAGACGCAUGAUCAUGAAUUUCUUC